CUGAUGAGCUCUGGAUUGGUCUUAAUGAUCAAAGGAUUCAGAAUCUGUUUGAGUGGUCAGAUAGAUCACACGUCACCUUCACUAAAUGGUUUGUUGGAGAACCUUCACACAUCACAAAUCGAAUGGAGGAUUGUGUUCUUAUCAGAGGACAGGAGGGAAAGUGGUCAGAUCAUCUGUGUGAAAGAGCUCAUGGUUACAUCUGUAAGAAGAAAGCUUCCACUAAACCUGAAGGAUCUCCAGAGGUCAUCAGUCCUGGAUGUCCAGCUGGUUGGUUUAGGUUUGGCUAUUACUGUUAUAAUGUUGCCAUGGAAACCAAAACUUUUGAUGAUGCCAAACUGACAUGUGAGCAGACCGCAGCUAACCUGGUUGAUGUUGGCAGCAGAUAUGAGAAUGCGUUUCUCAUCAGUCUGGUUGGUCUUCGACCUGAGAAAUAUUUCUGGAUUGGUUUGUCUAAUACUCAUCAGAAUGAGCAAUUCCAGUGGAUCAAUGGUGAUAAAGUCAAGUUUACACACUUUAAUGUAGGCAUGCCAGAUAAGCACCGAGGUUGUGUAGCAAUGUUAACAGGAACUUCAGCAGGAUUAUGGGAUGUAUAGGCCUGUAACACUAAACAGAAAUACAUCUGUAAGAAAGUGGCAGAAGGAGUCACGACAACCCGAUAGCCUCCGACCACACGACCUCUCAGCU